AUGUACUAUACACUGUACAGCUAAAAACCCUAAAAUUUUGUUCUUAUUAACAAAGGUUUUUUUUUUUUCUUAUACAAAUUCAAAAAAUUGAUAAAAUUUAUAUGCAAUCAAAGUAAAAUUUUACAGUACUUGGCAUAGCAACCACAAUGAAUCAUGAUCAUGGCAUGGCAGCACCACCAUUGUCAAUGAAUGGCACCUCGGGGAUGCACUACGGCAAGAAGAUGAUGAUGAUGCAUAUGACCUUCUUCUGGGGCAAGGACGCCGAGAUCCUCUUCUCGGGGUGGCCAGGCAGGCGGUUGGGUGGCGGCAUGUAUGCAUUAGCCUUGACAUUCAUCUUUUUUCUUGCGUUCCUUGUUGAAUGGAUCUCUCAUUCUCUGUUGAUCAAGCCAGGUGGAGCGCACAAUGUGUGGGCUGGCGUGGUGCAAAGUUUGUUGCAUGCGGUGCGGGUUGGUCUUGCUUAUUUGGUAAUGCUUGCUGUCAUGUCCUUUAAUGGUGGGGUGUUUUUGAUGGCGAUUGCUGGUCAUAUGUUAGGCUUUUUGUUGUUUGGUAGUAGGGUUUUCAAGAGAAAUAUGGAUAUAUUGUCUUCUGAAAAAACAUCUGAUCUUCCUCCCAUGAGCUGCUGAUUGUUGACAUAAGUGUAUUGGAUCCUUUUGUUUCAAUUCCUUAAUUAAAUUUAUAUCUCCUUGUAGUACUUGUGAAAUUUAUAGCAAUGUAGGAUAUGGAAAAUGUUAAAUCUGAGACUAUCGGAUAAAAGUAAAUGAAAUAAGCUUCAAUUUGAACA